AAAUAUAUUCUUUAUGGGAUUUUAAUUUUUACCUUCUUCCAACAAAAUUCCGGUACAGUCACAAACAAAACUAACAACACAAACUAUCAAAAACUAAAUGGAAUUCGAACCGGAGCAAAUAGAAGCUAACAAAUAGGCCAAAUAAAUUGAAGUACUAUAGUAAAAGAUAUAGAAAUGAAUCCUCCAAGGUCCCGGCAGAUUCAGAAUCAGAUUCAGAACAUGCGACAUCGUCAGCAUCGUCAGCAUCGACUCCAGCCGGAGUUGCACUGGGGGCCGAAUGAGGAGCAGCAACACGAUUACGAUCGAUUCAUACCACCGCUUGUGGCAGCUCGGCUGCAGAACGAGAAUCCCGUGGAUGUGGCACGUUUCGUACAGAAUCUGCGGAUCAUCUUGCAACGUCAGCGCAUUCACUUCGAUAUGGGCGAGGGAGACGGCAUGCAUGUGUGGAGUUGGCGUCUGCCACCGCGUCCCUUCGAUCAGGAUGGCGCUGGCGAUGACCUUCGACCCCGUCGCCACUUGCCACAGCCGCCACAAAGAUUGCAAGCAGCCGCUGUGCUCCGACAGAGACGGGAAAACAGAAUCUAGGACCAGUUGAACAGUCGACCUAUGUUAUCAAUUCCAACUAGUACAACUUGUACUUGCAACCAUUUGUGGCAAUCAUCUGUCAUCUGUCAACUGUUUCCUAUACUUGCAGUAAUAAUAUCGAUUUGUGGAACGUAUUAUCCGGCAUUUGUUUUGUGCAUGUAUUAAGAUCUCUCUCUCUCGCUCUCUCUUUCAUUUCUCGACAUCAUCA